CCGACCCUGAGUGUACAUCUCCUAAAAGAAAAUCAGGAUGCUAUAAAAAAAAGACAAAAAAAAUGAGCAACAAGCUCAGGUCAGUAAUGAAAUAUUAUAACGAUGAACGAAACAAUGAAAACAAUUUACAAGAGGAUGAUACAAAGGUUUUAACUAUUACAAUAUAUAUAAUUGAAAUAAAUGAUUUCAAUAUAGAUGAAAUUAAUAUUAGAAAUAUAGAAAAAGCAAGUAACACUGAAAUUUUUGUAGAUGAGCUCACUUUAACUCCAAAUGUAUUAAUAAAUGUAACCGGAACUUUGACGGCAAUAAUAGAUGCAAAAAUAAUGAUAUAUAAUCAGUUAAAGAGACAAGCAUCUAUUCUUAAUGAAACAAUAAAUAAUUAUAUGCCAAAUGGUGAUACAAGAUUACGAUUAAAUAAAUCAUUUAUAACUAUGCCUAUAGAUGCUAAUAUUGUAAGUAGAUUUAUUGGAAAGGAAAGAGAAAAUAUUAAUAAAUUAGAAGAUGAAAGUAAUACAAUAAUUCGCAUAAAAAUGCCAAAUAAAAGUAAUCCGUAUCCAACCAUUGUUAUAAUCGGAUUUCCAAUAUCAUUACGUAGAGCAAGAAUUCUAAUUAAAAAAUUUUUAAAAAAAUUAUCAUCUAAUGAGGAAAAUAGUUAUCAAAGUCUGACGAUGGAUGAAUGUAAUGAUGUAAGCCUACCAUUAAAAAAUUCUCAUAUAAUCAAGAACUUAUAUAGAGAAGAUCUAGCUAUUGUUAACAUGCCUGAAAAAACUGUAAAAAGAAUUAGAACAGAUAAUAACAUCGAAGUUAAAUAUAUAAAUGAAUUUCAUAACGAUUUUCCAAUUCCUAAACCAAUAUUAACGUUCAAACAAGCAUUCAACAAUCAUCCAACUAUGUUGAAGAAAAUAAAGGAACAAGGUUUAAAAAAACCAAACCCCUUCGAAUGUCAAGCAUUGCCAAUAUUGCUCAGUGGUAAAGAUAUGCUUGGAAUAUCACCAUCAUCAUUAGACAAAACGUUAGCUUUCUUGUUACCUGCUUUGAUACAUAUCUCUAAACAAACCUCUUUUCAUAAUGGUAAUGGUCCUAAUGUUCUUAUCUUGGUUGCAAAUAAAAUACAAGCACAAAAAAUACAACAAGAAGUUCAAAGAUUUUCUUAUUUCGGAAUUAAAGCCGCUAAUUUAUCAACAUCAGUUAGGGAUUUCGCUAAAUCAUAUAUGACAAAUCCAAUUGAACUAUAUGUCCGACCAGUUUGCCAUGAAGUACAAUUUGUUAUUCGUGAAGUAAACAAAUUUCGUUAA